GGUACCUGCUCUGGAAUUGGGUGUUGCCAGACAUCAAUACCAAAGGAUCUCAAGGGUUUCAAUGUAACUAUUGGCUCCUUUGAUAACCAGAUGAAUAUACGGUCGUUCAAUCCUUGCGGUUUUGCAUUUCUUGCUGAGGAAAACCACUUUGGCUUUGGUGGUGCACGUGAUUUGUCUGGUGCUUCAAAGCUUUCUUUAGAUUCACAUGUCCACAUCCUGGUGGAUUGGGUAAUUGGACGAGGCAAGCGGAGUUGCUCACAGGCUACAGAAUGCAAGGCAAAUAGCUUCUGCAUGGACGAUGAAGAUCUUGGUGGAUAUCGUUGCAGCUGCAACAAAGGUUACCAGGGUAAUCCUUAUCUUCAUAAUGCUGCCAAGAUAUCAACGAGUGCGAGGCAAAUAGCACCUAUGCUUGUUAUGGAAGUUGCAUUAAUAGUCCCUCCCGGGAAUUACAUUGGUACAUGUUUGCAAGGAUAUGAAGGCGAAGUCAAAGAAAAAUACGGUUGUCGACCGGUUGCUAAAAUAUCAAAACUUCCAGUGGUGGUGUUCUCUGUCGGUAUACUUCACACAAGUAUUAUUAUUAACUAGAUUAUAGCCCGCGUUAAACGCGGGAAACGCAUAAAAAAACAUAUAAUCGUUUAUAGAUAUUGUAUAAUGAUUAUAAAAAAAUAUAUGGUUAUUGGUAUUAUUGAAAUAUGUAGAAAAUAUAUUGAAAACGAUAAAUAUAUAUAAUCAUUG